CAUCAGGGAAACGGGUGGGAGAAGGCAAAUCAUAAGUGAAACAAUCUCGGAGAAAAAUAGCACCAUAAUUAGCUCUCAGGAUAGAUGCCUUGAACGCUGGAAAGAACACUUUUAGGAACAAUUUAACUUGCCUACAGCCACACUGAACCUCCCCGCCAUCCAGCACACCCGGACAAGAUAUAGACACUGGUCCGCCGUCUAUAAUUGAGGUCACAAAAGCUAUCUGUAAUUUGAAAUGAGGCAAAGCGGCAGGACCCGAAGGAAUUAUUCCGGAGGUGUUUAAAUAUAGGGGUGACAUACUAGUUUGUAGAUUAACUGAGGUACUAGGCAAAGUCUGGGAAUCAGAGACGGUUCCAUCAAACUUGGGUAAGUCACUUAUUAUACCGAUAUUCAAGAAGGGAAACCAGUCCUCGUGUGAUAAUCAUAAGGGGAUCAGCCUAAUGAACAUAGUCUCUAAAAUACUAGGCUCAGUAAUCAUGCACAGACUAAGCAGAACUCGGGAGGAACAAACGAGGGAAAAUCAAGCAGGCUUUAGACCAGGUAGAGGGUGCAUAGAUCAUAUCUUCACUCUCCGACAGAUUCUAGAACAUAGACACACUUUUCGUCGUCCAACAAUUGCCAUAUUUCUUGAAUUGAAGGCGGCCUUCGACUCCGUGGAUCGAAAGGUACUAUGGCAAUGUCUGACUGUGAAGGGAGUGCCAAGAAAAUACAUUGCACUAAUCAAGGCACUCUAUUCAAACUCACGUAGUCGUGUAAGGGCUUAUGGGGAAUUGUCAUCUGAAUUGAUAACAACCAAUGGUGUCCGACAGGGAUGUUCACUUUCCCCAUUCCUGUUUAACUUCAUCAUAGAUAUGCUAAUGGAAGUAUCCUUAACUGAACGUAACGACUUAGGAAUCGACUUGUUACCAGAGAAUAGUCUUAUGAACUUAGAAUAUGCAGAUGACAUAGUCCUGUUAGGGGAAGGUGCUGACAAAAUGCAGAGUCUACUGAACACCCUGAGCAGCAAUCUUCGUAUGUGAAGUGAUAGAACGUGUUGACCACUUCACCUAUUUGGGAAGUUGUAUCAGCACCAAUGGACUGAUUAGCGACGAAAUCUCAGCACGAAUCCAAAAAGCUCGAGCUGCUUUCGCUGACUUAC